AUGGGUCUCUUCGUGUUGGCAGAGACGCCUGCGGGUUAUGGUCUCUUCAAGGCCAAGGACAAGAAGCUCUUGUCUAAUGGCAACAUUGCCUCGCAGCUCAACAGCCCGGAUGCGAUCAAUUCCAUGUUGUCGUUGAAGAAGAUGAUCAAGUUCGAGGAUUCGGCUCAGGCUUUGGGCGAAUACAGCUCCCUUACUGAGGGAAAGGUUACGCCCAUGUUGCAGCAACUUUUGGACGACAUCAAGGACGAGCGCAAGUCAUCUCUGGCUGUGGCAGACCCCAAGCUCGGCGCUGCCAUCAACGUUCUGCCUCAACUCCAGAUCACUCCGGUCUCCGACUCCUCGACGACCGACCUGUUCCGAGCCAUCAAGACCUACCUCCCAGAGCUGUUCCCCGACCUGUCUGGUGAUUACUUGGGCAACAUGGCCCUGGCUCUUUCCCACUCUAUUUCGCGACACAAGCUGAAGUUCUCCGCCGACAAGGUCGAUGUCAUGAUUGUUUCGGCCAUUAAGCUGUUGGAUGACUUGGACAAGGAAUUGAACAACUAUGCUAUGAGAGUCAAGGAGUGGUACGGAUGGCAUUUCCCCGAGAUGGACCGUAUCGUCAACGACAACCUGGCCUACGCCCGCAUCAUCAUGGCCAUGGGAACGCGUGACAAUGCCGCCAACACCGACCUGUCCGAGAUCCUCCCCGAGGACAUUGAGCAGAGACUUAAGUCUGGCGCUGAAGUCUCCAUGGGUACUGAGAUUGGCGAGUUCGACCUCGAGAACAUCAAGCUCCUUGCCGAGCAGGUCAUUAGCUUCACCGAGUACCGUCAAGAGUUGUCGCAAUACCUCACCUCGCGUAUGAAGGCCAUUGCACCCAACAUGACCGAGCUCAUUGGUGAGCUGGUUGGUGCUCGUCUGAUUGCCCACGCCGGCUCCCUCAUGAAGCUCGCCAAGUCCCCUGGUUCCACCAUCCAGAUUCUUGGUGCCGAGAAGGCGCUUUUCCGCGCUCUCAAGACCAAGCACGACACUCCCAAGUACGGUCUCAUCUACCACGCCUCGCUUGUCGGCCAGGCUACUGGCAAGAACAAGGGAAAGAUUGCCCGUAUGCUGUCUGCCAAGGCUGCUCUUGCCCUCCGCGUUGAUGCCCUCUCUGAGCUGAGCGCCGAGGGUGUCGAUGGCGCCGAUAUUGCCAUUGACGACGAGGAGAGAGCCGAGCUCGGUAUCCGAUCUCGCAUCAAGCUCGAGAACGCUCUGCGCAGACUCGAGGGUAAGCCCAUCCAGACCAAGGGUACCAAGAUUGCCCCCACCGGCACUGGCUCCAAGUUCGAGGUCAAGCCCUCGAGAAACUACAACGCCGAUGCCGACGGUGUCGCCAAGCCCCUGAUCCAAGAGGUCGAGGACACACCCAUGGCUGAUGCCGACGAGGACGAGUCGGAUGACGACUCCGAGGCCGAGAAGAAGGCGGCCAAGGAAGCCAAGCGCAAGGCCAAGGAGGAGAAGAAGGCGGCCAAGGAGAAGAGGAAAUCCGGAGCCACCGAGAUUGCCCCGCCCACACCCCAACAGCCCAAGACUCUGACGGAAGCCGACUUUGAGCGCCUCGCUAUUGACGCUGGCAUCUCCGUCUCCAAGUUCAAGAGGAAGUACGAGCGCGGCGACGUCAAGCUCGACGCCGAUGGCACACCGUCGGUCGUGAGCAAGAAGGAGCUCAAGAAGCAGCGCAAGGAGGAAGAGGCCGAGGAGGAGGACGCCGCCGUUGCCGAGGACACGAGCAGCAAGAAGAGGAGGCGCUCCGAUAUCAACGGCACUGAGAAGGAAAGCAAGAAGAGCAAGAAGGCCAAGAAGGAGAAGUCGUAA